AUGCCCACACAGACAACCGUUUUUAAGGGCAAGCCGCUUGUUCACGCCAGGUCGGUUUCGACUUCAACGCUUCAGGCCCAGGAGCUUGCCGCGAAUAAGCAUUUGAACCAUCCGCAGGCCCAGUACGAGUUUUACCGGUCGUUGUUGGCUGCUAAUUAUCCCCAGGUUGUCAUUGAGCGGUUUGAAAAUCCAAACGUUGCCUCCUCGCCCGAGUGCAACGAGCUUUACCUCGAGGCGUUGAAGCGUGUGGGCCGAGCACCGCCUGCUCAUUUGGCCGCUAAUGCGCAAGGCCAGCAGCUUGGUGGAAUCUCGCCUGUGUUUGGGUCGCGACACGAACCGGUGCAUGUCAUUGUCAGUGAGUCGAUAUGGACCAUCUUGUCCAAGUGGUUAAAGUGGUUGAUCCCUAUUGGAUUGAUAACCUAUGGUGCAACCAAUGCAUUCAACUAUUUGGUUGAGAAUGGAACCAUCUUCAAGAAUGUUGAAAGCAACGAUAAACUGGUGGAUGUGUCGCAAAGCACGGUAAGGUUCAAAGACGUGCAAGGUGUUGAUGAAGCGAGAGCCGAGCUCGAAGAGAUUGUUGAUUUCUUGAAAGACCCUUCCAAAUUCACUUCCUUGGGUGGUAAACUCCCCAAGGGGGUCUUGUUGACCGGUCCUCCAGGUACUGGUAAGACGCUUCUUGCUCGUGCCACCGCGGGAGAAGCCGGUGUUCCUUUCUUCUUUAUGUCUGGCUCUGAGUUUGACGAGUUGUACGUUGGUGUUGGUGCUAAGAGAAUUAGGGAAUUGUUUAGCCAGGCGCGCGAAAAGCUGCCUGCGAUUAUAUUUAUUGACGAGUUGGACGCGAUUGGAGGCAAGAGAAACCCCAAGGACCAAGCUUAUGCGAAACAGACCUUGAAUCAAUUAUUGGUUGAAUUGGACGGCUUUUCGCAAACACUGGGCAUCAUCAUUAUUGGAGCUACAAAUUUCCCCGAGAGUCUCGACAAGGCGUUAACGAGACCCGGUAGAUUCGACAAGGAAGUCAUUGUUGACCUUCCAGACGUUCGAGGCCGUAUCGACAUUUUGAAGCACCACAUGGAAAAUGUUGAGACUGCUGCAGAUGUCGAUGCCUCGAUUAUUGCGAGAGGAACUCCCGGGUUGAGCGGGGCCGACUUGAUGAACUUGGUCAACCAAGCUGCCGUGCACGCGUCGCAGUUGUCGGCGCCCGCUGUCGAUAUGAACCAUUUCGAAUGGGCCAAGGACAAGAUUCUCAUGGGAGCAGCCAAGAAGAAGAUGGUGAUUACCGAAGAGUCCAGAAUCAACACUGCCUACCAUGAAGCGGGCCACGCUAUCAUGGCCAUGUUCAGCGACGGUGCUACCCCAUUGUACAAGGCGACGAUCUUACCUCGAGGCAGAGCGUUGGGUAUCACUUUCCAGUUGCCCGAGAUGGAUAAAGUCGACAUGAGCAAAAAGGAAUGCUUUGCUCGUUUAGAUGUGUGCAUGGGUGGCAAAAUAGCAGAAGAGAUGAUCAACGGCAAGGAAAAUGUAACUUCUGGCUGCUCGUCCGAUUUGAGCAGUGCCACGGGCACGGCAAGGGCGAUGGUGCUAUCUUUUGGUAUGAGUGACAAGAUUGGACCCGUCAAGUUGAGCGACGAUUGGGAGAGCUGGUCGCAGGAGAUUAAAAACUUGGCUGAUAACGAGGUGCGCGAUUACUUGCUUAGCAGCGAAGAGAGAACAAGGACGUUGUUGAAGGAGAAGAAAGUAGAGUUGAAGCGAUUGGCUGAGGGUUUGUUGGAAUACGAGACGUUGACGAGGGACGAAAUGGACAAGAUUGUCAAGGGUGAAAAGAUCAGCAAGGAGAAGAUGGUGAGCAACACUGUUAUAAAGAAGCCAGGAGAAGCGAAGGAAGGGUAUAGGGGAGUCUUGGGGAUGAAAGAUACCGUGAGAGCUGUUGAUGUGAAGUAA